AUGAUGGCAUUGCCCAAUGCUGCAAAGACCUCAGAGACACGCCCACGCCUGGGCAAGGAAGAAGUAGACAUUCUCGAGGCCUCCUUUCGCAAGAAUCCAAAGCCGACAACCCAGACAAAGCGGGGUUUCGCUGAGGACAUGGGAGUUGACCUUGCCAGAAUCAAUAAUUGGUUCCAGAACCGUCGCGCCAAACGGAAGCAGGAGAAAAAGCAGGAAGCCUAUGAAGCAGGUCAAGCUGAGCAGGCUCUCGGAUUCUCAGAACCCUCGUCACCAGACUUCUACUCGCACAGCAAUGGGUAUUUCAGUGACCCACAGUUGAUGCCCAUGGCUCAGUCAUCUGCGAGUUUCCCUAUGAUGAAUGGGCCACCGCCAGCAGUUGCCGGGUACAACCCGCAAUAUACUGACCCUUCGACUGCCAGCUUGGAAUCACUUCAACGGACCUUGGCCGUUGCCAAUGCUGCUGACCACGACGAAUACCACGAUUUUGUGGACCAACGCGAUGCUAUUGGUACUUUCAACGGCUCGCUUGGCCACGACUUUUCGACGAGCGAUCGAGUACAAUUUCCGUCUCCAGAGCAUGGGCUGCCACAUUUCGAUGACAGUAAUGCCCAGACGUACUCUUCAUACACUACACACUUCUCAAGCGGCCUCUACAAUGAGGGUCAGCCUCUUGAGGUACAAUCCCCGCCAGAGGAGGCCAACAAUCAAACACCAACGCCGUUUAAUACUUUCUCUGGUACAUCUGGGGCGUCUCACCUCCUGACGACCUUCCCGUCCCAAUUACUCCCCACUCAGAACCAGGAUACUCUCUCUCGCUCGCACGAGGAACAUGAUGGAUCCUCACCAGAGGAUCACUCUGCUUCCUCGAUUGGAUUUCAGUACGACAUGUCGGAGCCUGACAAUACGCCGCCCCCCGCAGCAUCGAUUCCGUUCAAGUCGCCCCCACCACCUUCGGAUAUCGCUUCGCGACGAAAGAAGGUGCAGGUCAAGCCGACAGCGUUGGCUACCGACACUCUCCGAAGCAGUCGUCCUUCUUUGGGUCCAAGGACAGUAUCUCAUGCCGAGGGUUUCAGACGUCCCAUUGAAAGCCCAAUCGGUUCACCUAUGCGGCGCAUAGCCUCUGCUGGCGGUAACCGAAACGUUUUGAGUGGUCGCGUAUUCAAGUCUGGUAUCGAAUCCUCCCAACGUUCUCCCAUAAACUUUGGGACUUUCGAGUCUGCCGGUGCAUUCAUGGAGCACAACUUCCAUAAUAUCCGUCAUCCGUCUCUGACGGCAAGCUCCUCUCUCAACAGCAGCCUCGCACCUCCGACACCCAUGUCUCCUCGAGGUGAGAUGAUGACUUUAGUGAAACGAGAGGGUCCCAGAUCGACCGCAUCGCCUGUCGAAAAUUUCAUCUUCAACGCUGGCACCGGAGGCUUCACAACAUUGGAUGGAGAUCAAUCAUUAUCUCCUCCCGAAACUCCCCAAGCGCCUAUGGCUCUGAAUCCUUCUCACAAUUGGGCGCACACGCUCGACUUUGCUGAGAAGCAAUGGCAAUAUGAGGUUCCCGAUGAACCCUUGUUUACCCCGGCUCACGACACAUUCCCCAUCGAGCUGCACAUGCCACAGCCGUCGUACCUUACAUCGAUGAGCCAGCCAGUGACACCUGCUUUCGGACAAUUUAAUCCCAACUUCAUGUUUGGGCACGAAUCACCUCAAUUUACCGAGUCGCCCAAAUACACCCUGUCGACUCAGACCGGAUCAGAGUACUCGUUUCCAGAUGCAAGUCCGCAUCACUACCUUGGGUUGUCGCCCACAAUGACCACCACCAAGCAAAAAACAUUUCAAUUCUCGCACACCACCGCUGCUGAUUUCUCCGAAAAAUAA